AAACUAUUGACAUGUUUUAGACAAUCUCGUCAAGAUGAACAAAAUAAGUGAUACUUUAACAAGAUUUUAUCAAUUGUAUAGGUGAUAAUGUUUUCAAAAACAAAUUUGAACCCAACUGAUUUUAGUACUAGCAAUGUCACCCUAAUACUCUAAUUUAUAGUUUCCGUCCGAUCGUCGGCCGUGAAUUAGAGCUUUUUCGAGGCUUAUUUUUUUGUAGUUUUGUAUUGUUUGUUGCUAUUGGAGUGUUGUGUUGUGUUUUUUGAACUGACUGUGGGUGUUCUUCUGGGUUUCCAUCAUCCCCGAGCCAUUUGCAGCUCUCCUCCUCUCGGUCGCACGCCAGGUGCUCGAGGAAAAGGCCCAUACAGCGCGCACUCACGCUGCCCCUGCGCGCACGCCUCAGCGCGCCCACCUGCAGCCGCCACUUUGCUAUAAUUUGUCUGUAUUUCUUACCUCUAUCUGAGAAACCCUUUAAAGAAAAGAUGGCUGAGGUGCUUUUAGCAGGAGGAGGAAGUGAUAAAAGGUGAUGUUGGCGAUUGAUGAGAGUGAGCACAGUCACUAUGCACUCAUGUGGGUUCUUGACAAUCUCAAGGAUUCGAUCAACAAGGGUCAGUUUAUUAUCUUCAUGGCGCAGCAGCCACCCAAUUAUAACUACUCUUUCGCUUCAUCUCUUGGUUCUGCUCGCAUGUACUGCCCUACUGCAGCCAAUUUGGAUUUUGUGAACUCUACUCAAAAGAAUCAUAGGAAGCUGGCAUUGGCUUACUUGGAGAAAGCUAGGGACAUUUGUGCUAGUAAAGUGGUAACAGCAGAGUUGGUCACAGAGGUAGGGGAUACUAAAGCUGCUAUAUGUACUGCAGUUCAAAAACUCAAUAUCAAUCUGCUAAAGAACGUAGAGGAGGGGCAAACAAAGUGAAAGAAGCUAGAGAUGUGAGGUUGAUAAUGGCGCAAAUUCAGUUCAUGCAAAAGAAUGUAGAGGAGGCCUUGAAGAGUUAUGAAGAAUUGGAGAAAGAGGAUCCUAGUGAUUUCAGGCCUUACUCUUGUAAGGGAAUGAUAUAUAGUUUGCUUGAUGGAAAUGUCAGAGGCUAAAGAGCAAUAGAUAACUUUCACCCAAGAAAUUUGAGGUGGAGGGUUAUUCACUUAUUUGAGGACUAAUCAAGAAGAUGGUAAUUGAUUUGUUGUUUUGAGUUUUUGAAAAUUACUCUUGAAUCAGAGAUCAAAUCAGCCCUUAAUUCAAAUAGUAAAUGUAAAACUAAGGCUAGCAUUAUCAUGAGAUAUUAAAAACAUGAAAUUAUUUGUUCUUA